CAUACAAAGAUCCUGUAACAAAAUGCCAGAUAAGACAAGAAAACAUCCUAAAUUUGUUGUUAAAGAAAUGGAAAGUAUGUACAUAGAUGAAUUAAAAUCAGCCAUAAAUCUCUUGAUGGCAAACUUGGAGAGCUUACCAGUAUCAAAAGGUAGUAAUGAAACGAAAUAUUCACUCAAAAAAUUUCAAAAAUAUAACAGGACUCACCACUCCUCAAUUUCCAAGUUAGAUGUAUCUGAAGACAAUGAGCCUGGCCUUUCAAAACUUGAUGUUGUUCUUACUUUUACUCUUGAGGUUCAUGUAAUUGAAGUUAAAAAUCUCCGCUCUUUAGCUCCGAAUAAAAUUGUUUAUUGUACGAUGGAAGUUGAGGGUGGAGAAAAACUGCAAACUGACCAAGCUGAGGCCUCCAAACCUUGCUGGGAUACUCAAGGUGAUUUUACAACCCCACACCCCUUACCAGUUGUUAAAGUUAAAUUGUAUACAGAAAGCUCUAAAGUACUAAGUUUAGAAGAUCGCGAAUUGGGAAAAGUUGUGAUUCGGCCCACUGCAAGCAGUAGCCGGCAACCAGAAUGGUUUCAAAUGCAAACCAUUAAAAAAAAUUGCCCCGAUGAUUUACGUAUUAAAAUAGCUGUUCGAAUGGAUAAGCCACAAAAUAUGAAACAUUGCGGAUACCUGUUUGCUUUGGGGAAAAACGUUUGGAAAAAAAGCAAAAAAAGAUAUUUUGUUUUAGUUCAGGUAUCUCAAUACACAUUUGCCAUGUGUAGUUACAGAGAAAAAAAACCUGAACCUACAGAAAUGAUGCAACUUGAUGGAUUUACGGUAGACUACACUGAGCCCCAUCCUGAAUUCAUGGAAGGGGGAAAAUAUUUCUUCAAUAUUGUGAAGGAAGGUGACACGGUAACAUUUGCUACAGAAGAUGAAACAGAGCGUACAUUGUGGGUUCAAGCAAUAUAUCGAGCUACAGGACAGACACACAAACCUGUACCUCCUGUAAUGCAAACUAAUAAAAUUAGCAAUACUCAGAUAUCAAGAAUGCAAGGAGAUGCAGAUAGAGCCCGAAAACAUGGAUUAGAUGAAUUUGUCCAGGCAGAUCCAUGUCUCUUUGAUCAUCAUGAAAUGUUUAGCCUUCUGCAAAAUUUAUCUCUUGAUUAUAGAUUAAAUGAUACUUACACUUCAUUAGGUUGGUUUAGUCCAGGCCAAGUUUUUGUCUUGGAUGAAUAUACUGCUCGUUAUGGUGUCCGGGGUUGUCAUCGGCACCUUUGUUAUUUGAAUGAUUUACUGACUCGGGCUGAAAAAGGAACAAUGAUUGACCCAACCUUAAUUCACUAUAGUUUUGCCUUUUGUGCAUCCCAUGUUCAUGGAAAUAGGCCUGAUGGCAUAGGAACAGUUCUUCUCUCUGAAAAAGAGAAGUUUGAUGAAAUUAAGGAGCGAUUGCGUGUACUAUUGGAGAAUCAGAUCACAAACUUUAGAUAUUCCUUUCCAUUUGGAAGGCCUGAAGGUGCUCUGAAAGCUACUUUAUCUUUGUUAGAACGCGUUCUGAUGAAAGAUAUAGUGACACCAGUCACUCCUGAAGAAGUUAGGAAAGUUAUUAAGAAAUGUUUGGAAAAUGCUGCGUUAGUUAAUUAUACUAAGAUAUCUGAAUAUGCAAAAAUUGAAGCAAAUGAACGUGCUGCUGCUGCUGCCGCUGCUGCAGGGCUUGUUUCAGGUGAAUCUCUGCAGGCAGAAGUUUCCCCAAAGAAACGUCUGGAGGAUGUUAUUCAUCUUGCUGAAUUAUGCAUUGAAGUGCUACAACAAAAUGAAGAGCAUCAUGCAGAGCUGCGAGAUAAAAGCAAACUCUCACCAUGGGAAUCCAAUUAUACAUCAGCAUUUGCCUGGUUCAGUGACUUGCUGGUUGAACAUACAGAAUUAUUCUGGUCACUUUUUGCUGUAGACAUGGAUGCAGCAUUAGAAAUGCAAGCACCAGAUACCUGGGACAGUUUCCCUCUGUUCCAGUUGUUAAAUGAUUACUUAAGAAAUGACGAUAAUCUUUGCAACGGCAAAUUUCAUCAACAUUUGCGUGAUGUCUUUGCACCACAGGUUGUGAGAUAUGUUGAUUUAAUGGAGUCUUCAAUUGCACAGUCAAUUCAUAAAGGUUUUGAAAAAGAACGCUGGGAUGCACAAGGACGUGCUUGGGGUUCCAGCAAUGGAUGUGCAACAUCAGAAGACAUGUUAUGGAAGUUAGAUGCCCUUCAAUCAUUUAUUCGAGAUUUAAGGUGGCCAGAGGAAGUUUUUGCGGAGCAUCUAGACAAUAGACUUAAAAUUAUGGCUGCCGAUAUGAUUGAAGCUGCGGCCAAACGCACUUUAAAAGCAUUUGAGACCUGGUUAAAGAAGAGUGGCAAAGGAACUGAUUACAUAGUUCACUCUGAGGUCUGUGUCAUGAUUAACGUAAUCACUGAUUGCAAAAACAAGGCAUUGCACCUGUGUGCCUUGGACAGCGGGGAAAAUAUUCACCAAUACCAUACAAAAAUUGAUGAAUUCCUUGAAAAAGUACAGGUGCAAAUGGGGAAAUGCUUAGUUGAAAAAUUAUUAUCUGUUUUGGAAUCAGUUCUCAGUAAACUUGCUCGUUAUGAUGAAGGAACAUUCUUUUCGUCUAUUCUAUCACUUACGAAACCUGUGAAUGAACUUGGAAAAGCUUAUGUUGAUUUUAUGCGAGGAAAUUUAGAGCAAUUAAGACAAAGACUCGCUGAUGAAUUAUUGACACUUAAUAUAUUUGAGCAAUGGUACACUGGACAAACUAAGUUGAUAUGUGAUUGGCUCACUGAACGUUUAGAUUUGAGUCUUCAUCCAUACCAAUUAACAUGCAUUAUGAAUAUUAACAAGAAAUACUAUUCAGAUUUUGAACUGCAAGGUGUACCAGAAACAACUCUCAAUAGUAAAACAUAUCAAACUAUAUGCAGUCGACUCCAGGUGGAGGAGGCCACUCAGUCCGUAACCCAGUCAGAAAGUGGACUGCGAGGACGUUUUAUGACAAGUGGAGAAGAAGAAUCUGACUAAGCAAAUAUUAAAUGGAGAUCGUGUUUUGAUAUACAUUUCUAUUAUGACAUCAUUCCUUAAAGAUACUACAGUUUUUAGUCUUUAAUUUAAUAAAAAACUAGCAUUUGGGCAGUUGUUUUUCUGCCAACCAAAUAGCAGUAUCCACAACUGAUACUGUCUUUCUGUUUGUAUCAGCACUAGAUCCAGUGUAAGUUGUUUCACAUUCUGGUAUGCAUGCUUGCUACAUGAGUUUUUGUGCAACAGAACCCAAGAAUUUAUCUAUAGAGUUACGUCUUUCAUUCAUUGAUUUCUGUAAGAAAUAUUUGCAAUUCCAAUAUUUCAUUGUUUUUUUAAUUAUUAUUUUAAUACUGAUUUCUUUUCAUGAUUGGCAUGAUAGUGUUCAUCCAUAUUACCUUUCUACUGGAACUAAAAUUAUAUAAUAGUAUUGUUGUACUAGUAGUAGGUGGUAUUAAACUUUUAUACCUAACCACUUAUCCCUGGUUCUACUAAUAAAUGAGCUUUUGGAAAUUUUUGAUAUAAUAUCACUACUUUGUUCGACUAAAAUGAUGAAUCCUGUAACAACCAUCUGUGGGCCUCUCUGCAGUUCAAUCAUUUGCAGCAUCUUUUCAUACUGAACAAAGUAGUGAUCAUUAAUAUUCAUAUGGCUAUAAAUGAUGCAAUAAUGCUAAAAUUAAUUGUACCUAAGAUAUAAAAAAUCUUCAGGUAUCAUUACUUCACUAUGAAAAGUGAAAUGUCCUUUGUAGAUUCAUUUUAUUACUUUUAUCUCAGAGCUCAUUGAUCCAGCUGUUGAGGCAUUUUCCUCUUUUUUUUUUUUAAUAUACGUUAUUUUAUGAUGAGCUUAAUGUUGUGUAAAUUUAGCUAUUUUAAUAUGAGCUUUCAAAUUCAUUAAAACUUUAAUAGAAAUAGAUCCUUAUAGCCUUCAAAUGUUUUCCAGGAAUUUUGCUCCUUUAUUUUCUAAUUAUUAAACUUUGAAAUGAAUUUCAAUUUUAUACUAUCUCACUAGAUACCAUAUCAUAAAGCAAUACUAAAUAGUAUAACUAGGAGUUAUGUCAAUCUUUUCUUAUUUGUUAAGAUUUUAUAUUUAGGUGAUUUCUAUACUACAUCACCUCCAAUAUUUCUACUAGCUCUUGCCUUUUGACAAUUAGUCUCUUGCUGAUUACUAAAUAACUUCUUAACUAAAAUAAAGGGAAAUCUUUGUAAUACAUUAGUUUACAAACUUUUUUAAAAUUAUAGACAUAACUGUUAUUAGUUAUGUUCAAAUUUUACUGCCUGUUAAUGGUUUCAUUUUUAUAGUGUGUAAUUUUAUUUCUUUGGGGGUUUUCCAAUGAUUAAUUUGAAGAUUUAUUCCAAGGAGAAAUGUUCAUGAGACGUGCAUGUUAAAGUGUUCUUUUUUUCCAUAAUGAUUGACUAAAUACAUUCCAUAUUUACAAAUUUAUGCUGUAAGUUGAUUAAUUCUUGCAUUAUAUAUUACUGAAUAUAUAUUCAUGUUGUAAAGUUGUUUGGAAUGCAUGCAAACACUGUUACAAAAAUUACCUGUUGUUACUUAUACAAAAUAACCAAAUAGGAGAAUUUUAUUUGUAUUUUGCAUGCAAGACACCAUUAUAUAAUUUUUCUUUAAUUAAAAAUUGAAGUUUUAAUACUUUUUUUUUGAUAUUUGAAAAUUAAAUAAUUUUAAAUUGUUUCUUGAUAUUGUUUUGGUUUCACUACCUAAAAUAUAUAUUACUUUAUAACUAAAAAUAUAUAUUAUUUUAUAACUUAAAUCAUAGUUCCUAGAAAUAAUGAUUAGAUUAGAAUAGAUUUAUUUGAGAAACAAUCAAUUAGUACUGGGGUUGUAUAGAUAGAGAAGACUCAAUAAUCUGAACAUUUACUUUAUGAAGAGUUUUAAUCUAUCAAAUCUUAAAAUAGGAAAUUGAUAUUUUUGUCUUAUUUUAUUCCUUUAGAAAUAAAAUAAUCUCAGCUUUCUAAACUUUGAUUUAUCUUAAAUAAUGACUACUUACCAACCCUAUUCUUAAGUUUAGGUUUCUUUAUUUUUUUAUCAUUAUAUAUCAGUUCUAAUUAUAUUUGCUCAGUAAACCUAAAUAUAUUGCCACUUCUUUCUAAAUUUCAUUUUCUUUAAUCAUCUUAUUAAUGUUUUCCACGCUAUUUUAGCAUCAAUUUAUCUAAGUCUAAUAUAUGAUUAAGACAACUUAAAAUUUAAGAAUUUAAAUACAUUUAUUCAAUUAAGUAUAUACAAAAUGGAAAGAAAUUGAUACUUUCUGUGUUUGAUCAGCAACAAUAAAAAUAGUUGUUCUCAUAAUCAUCAUUGUAAACCUAUCACAACUGCAGCUAUCACUUUUCAACUAUGACAUUUAGCAAUAAUAAUGAUAGCUAUUUUAUAAUAAUGAUGGUGAUAAUGAUGAUGUUGAUAACAAUUAUAACAGUAAUAUUACCACCAGCAAUAAUAUAUUAAUCAUGAUUUAAAUUUGAAGACCAAUUCGUGUUUAAUCAUAUAAUCAGUUUAAAGUAAUUUAGCUUAGUGUUAACUAGGAAUAAUAGUAAUAAUAAUAAUAAUAAUUUAUAAUUUAAAAUUUUUCUUUGCACUUCUAUAUAAAUGAUAUCUAGUAAUAACUUAUGAAUAAAUUUUUUUUCUUACAUGUUAAUCUCAUUUUUAAAGAAUUAUCUCCUUAGUUUCUUUAAAUAUAUAAAAGAAUAAACUUUAUAGAUUUUUCGUAAGAUAAACCACUGGGUGUAUAAUUUUAAUGUUUGAUGUUUGUUUUGUUGGGUUUUUUAAAAAUAAAUUUUUGGUUAACAUUUCCAAGUGGGACAAUUAUCACAUUUGACUGGUAUGUGACAGUUAAAGUAAUAACGUUCAUUCAUGUCACCAUAUUGGAUUUAAUAAAUAUGUGGACUUAUAUCUAAUUCAAGUAAAUUUUUCAAUUUAAAAUUUUCUCUUUAUCUAUGUUUUGUUAAUUUUGUUUAAAUUUCAAAAUUUUAAUAAUAAAAUUAUUAAUCAUAAUAUUAAAAAAAUGUGGUUUUCAAUUAUUUUUCCAUUGUUAUUUGUUAUUUCUCUUAUAUAAUCUACAAAAUUAUCUUGUAGUCAAAAUAUUAUGUAUGACAACUAUGUAAGAAGUAUUCAAUUAAUUCCAUGAAAUUGCCAUUUUGGUAAAAUUCAUGCAUUUAAUGUUUUCACUAGAUAUAUUAAAAGAUGUAUAUAUUUUCCUUUUUUGUUAGGAUUUUCAAAUUAUAUAUCUGAAAAAAUAUUGCACUUUAGAUAAGGACUGGAGAUUUAAAAAGAAGGCUAAUUUAUUUGAAAAGAAGAAACCAUCUAACUUGAAGAUAUUCUUGUAUGGUGUUCUGACAUGUUUAUGGUAAAGUGAAUGACAUCUCAGAUUAGAAUAUAGAAAUUGGAUAAUUAAAGCUGUUGUCAAAGCUUUAACUAAAAUAAUUAACUACAUUACUGUGAAGUCUAAAUUAGAAAAUUGUCUUGUGAUAAAUUUAAUUUAAAUGCAUUAUUUUUUAAGAGGUUUCAGUGUUUAGUUUGCAUAUACACAAAAGGCAUUAUGCCUUGUCACGAAAAAAUCACUAUAUAUAUAUAUAUAUAUAUAUAUAUAUAUAUAUAAUAUUUAGCUAAUUUGAUCAAGACUCAUAAUAUCACACUGAAUUAUCAUAAUUAAAAUCAUACAUUUAAUAGUAUUCAAAUACAAUAACUUGUGUCUAUAAUUUAGAUAAGUGUCAGAUCCUAUUUUCACCACCUUUCAACAUUGUUUCAAAAAUAUCAUCCAUCUUAAGUGACCUUACAUACGUAAAAUAUCAUCUUGAUUUUAUUUGAAUUUAUUAAAGUAGCACACAACUACAUCAUGCUAAGUGACAAUUUUAGUAAUCUUCUUAAGUGAUUAUUGAUAUUUAGUUACUUUUACUGAAAUUUCAAAAGAAUUUAUUGGACACUUUUUUGGGGGGUUUUGUAAAUACAACUUUGAGGUUAGGUUUAAUGAUCAUUGUCUACAAAUAUCUUUGUGAUAUUCAUGGUCAUCUGCAUUCUUUCUUGUUGGAUUUAUGGUGUACUGUUGUAUUUAUUAUAUAAAUUCAUACUGUUCCUAUCACAAUUGGUUCUGUUUUCCUUUUUAAAUGUUUGUUGGGCAGAUUGAUAAUAUCUUUAUACAUUUUAAACUAUUUUUUAUUGUAUAUCACAACAUUUGAUAUUAUUUUAAUUUUAUAGCUGAGUUUCAAACUCUAGAUAACAUUGUUUCAUUAUUCUGUCAUUUAAAAUCAUUUUUAAAAUGCUAAACCAGUGUGGUAGAAUUGGUAGAAUUUUCAUCUGAUUCUUUAAUUUUCUAUUACUAUUAAGAUUUUGUAUACUACAAAUACUUGAAAUAUGAUAUAUAAACUUAAAAGUUAUUUGGUAUAUCAAAUAGAAAUCUUGUUUUAAUAUAGUAAAAACAUAUAUUUAUUCAGUUAUAAUUUAUUUUGUUCACAUUUUGUUCACAUUGUUAAAGUUUAAGAAGAAAUACAUUUUUAUUUACAAGCAAGGAAAACAAAAUCUGAAGUUAUUAUUUUGAUAAAAUAAAGCUGGAUUACCUUCUAUAUAGAGAAAGCAUUGAGCCAGUAAUUUAAAUAUUCAUCCAAUCUAAAAUAGCUUUUGUUAUAAUGUUCAACUAUUCGAAAUCUUCUGAAAAGAUUUUGUUUCUUUAUACUUACAUAAAAGUAAAAUUGAUUAUAUUAGAAAUAUAAAAAAUAUCUAAUAUUUGAAAUUAUUGUUAAAAAGCUCAACAGCCAAAACAAAACAUUUUGAUCCACUAAAUUGAACUUAUUAUGGAUAAUUUUUCUAGACAAAUUAUUCUAAGUUUGAAAAGCCCCUUUAUUAUAAAAAUAUAUUGUAAUAAUUAUAUUUGCAAUUAUAUGUUAUUAUAUAAUAGUUUGCAUUGGCCAACAGAGAAGUCUGGAAUAUUUCCUGUAUUUUUGUCUUUAGAAAUUAAAAUAUUUUUUUCUACUUAUCUUAUUUAAAGUGGUUAACAAUUCAAAUGUCAGCUUCUGAUUUUCCAUUAUAAUGGUUUUAUUAAUAAGAAUUUAAUUUUAAUUAGGUGAUGAAUUCCUAAGCAAGAGAACAUAGGUUUACUCUCCGCUUGAAACUGGGUUUAACUUUACUAAUCCAUUCAGUGUAUAUUUGAGAGAUUGAGAUGGAAGUUCUUAAAAUGUUUAUAUUUAAUAUUAAUAUUCACUUUGGAGUGACUGUCAAGAGGUCUCCAAGUUCUUUCUUAUACCAUAAAAGUAAAGAAUAAAAGAUUUUCAAUUUUACGUAUAAUUUAAAAUAAAAACUACAUGUGUUCUCAUCUGUUCUUAGGUAUGGUGAAAGACAUUUAACUUGACAUGGUUGUCAUUUUUCAGUAAUAAAACAAAUAUUUCUGAUAUCUUGCAUGAGAGUAUUUUUUUAAUCUCAAAUAUAUUAUAAUUAUCAUUGAUAGUGAAAAAAAACAAAAAUAGAAAUUUAGAAUAUAUUUGGUAUUUAAGAUAUUUCAUUUUCAUUUUAUAUUCCUUCAAGAUAAUCUUAGUUGAAAGCAAUUUGAGUUCAGUAAUUUUUCUUUAACAAAAGGCAUAAGCUUUAUGUGUUAAGUAAAUUAUGUUACCAUCACUAGAACUGACUGCCAUUUUAUCUGUAAAGAAUGAUUUUAGCUACAGAUUACUAUAAUCUGAAAUAAUACCCAUAAACAAAAUUAUAAUUACUUCAUUUAAUUUUCAGCUUAAUUUAAGCCGAUUAAAAACAACCAGUAUGCCAUUCAUGUAAUUAGCAUUUCUUAAAAUAUUAACCCUUUGUAGAUAAGUUGUGUUAUUUAAAAUUUUUAAAAGAUAUCUGAUUCUUAAUAGACUAAGAAAAGUAUGUAACAUCUUGGUAGAUAUAAGCUUUGUUUUCUUUCUAGGACAAAAAGGUGAGUUAGUGAAUUAUACAAUUGUUUUAUAAGGAUUAAAAUCUUUCUAAAUAGCUGCUUUUUUAUACUUUUUAUACUUUUUUCCAGUUAAACUGAAGAGCACUGACUCUAUGCUAAUCAGGUGUUUUAUUUAUGGAGUCAACAGAACAAGUAUCAGUAAUAUAUUGAAAUCGACUUUGUUAAAAGAUAUUAAUAAUCUCACAGAAAAUAAAUGAAAAAAAUUAGACUCUAUUAUAGAGAAUAAAAAUACAUGAAAAUUACUAUUUCAUAUAAUUACAUUAAGUUUAGGGAAAUCAGGACAUUAAGAUUAGUUAAAAGGUUUGUUUGAAUAAAGUAAAUUUAAUAAAUUAAAUUUAAAAGUAAUGAAGAAGCAUUGAAAUGUGUAAUCAAUUAAUGCUUUUCUGGUUUAGAAAUAUAACCUAUAAGUGCCAUCUAUUUGUAACCAAAACUUUCUGUGGAGCUUUUAAUAUGUAAAAUUUGUUCUCUCAAUAUUUAUCAACACUAUUCAUGAAUUGGUUAGCUGUCUUUGGUUUUUCUAUAUGACCAAUUCCAGUGGGUAUAAAUUCUGCCGGAGGUUGAGUGCUUGCUGUUUUUUAAGUUCAUCAUAUUGCUUCUAAUAAUUUGACUGUGGUAAGAUUUCAAGUUUGUUAUGGUUCACUUAUUUUACACACGCACACACACAUAUAUCUAUAUAUCCCCUCUUUUAUCUGGAUAAUUAAAGGCAAAUCAAGAAGCUUGCCAGCUGAAUACAGCUGUUGCAUUAUAUGUGAAAUCAAUUUGGUGGCUUUUCUUGCAUAUUUUCUAUGAAGAUCCCUAUGAAAUGUGGUCCCCCAAUUGUAUUUUGACACUUGAAAUGUGGUUGCAUCAUUGUUUUUGAAGUUAUUAGUUAUUAGGUAAGUUUUGUCAGUGGUCAUUUUAAGUAUUUUUAUAAUAAUUCCAACAAUGGUUUUAGCUCUCGUAACAGAACUCUUUUUUUGGUAUCUUGAAAUUUUAUAGUUUUCAUUCAUUUUCUACUUUAAGCAUUAAUAAAAUUAUUUUCUUUCAAUAAAAUAAAUACUUCAACAAUACAAUUUCUAAUACUUUCAUUAUGUAGUAAAUAGUUAAUACUUGAAAAGAAAUCUUAAGCCUUUGAUAUGUUUUUAGUUUUAUUUUAUUUUUUACAUAUAAAUAGUUUCAAGCAUAUAAUAAUUAUAAUUCCCUGAAAAAAAAAAAUGAAGUACUGAUUCUAAAAAUAUGCUAGCUCUCAUAUUCUAAAUUUUAAGCUUUUAAAUGGACUUCCCAUUAUUUUUGUUUUUACAUUAACAUGUAUGGAACAACAUCAUGGAUUCAGAAAGAAUUGGAAUCACAAAUAGCUCAUAUUUUUCUCAAUUUUUUUAUGUUUGUGUUGUUGUCUAAGGAUUUAGAUUUCACCAAUAAAAUAUAAUUGACAAACACCUUCCAAACUGGAGCAUUGGACCUAAUAUUUCUGGAAGUAUUUCUUGCAAAAUAAAAUAAACUAUUGCCUAUAUGCAAAUCAUAAAAUUUUUUAAAAUAUUUAUAAAUUAGAUUUGUGUAAUGCCAUUAACUCAUAACAAGCAAAAACCCAAGUUCAAUAAAAUGUUUAUUAUAAGCAUCUUUUAAUAUUCAAGUGACUUCUAUUUUAUUGCUUUCUUCUCUUCUAAUGUUUCUUUUGGCUCUCAGGAUAAAUAUAACUUGUUUUAGUUUCCAAUAUGAAAUAAUAGAACUAAAUUUUCAAUGAAACAAUACAAAAUAUGGAUUUUUAUUCAAUAUAAAUAUACAUUUAGCAUAUGGAUUUUCUGUUACUUUUAUUUAUUAUAUUCUAUUUAUUUGGCUCAAGACUUGUACAGUCUUCACUAAAAUUACAUGACAAGGUAAUAUCCAUCCUUUCUAAACUAAACAUCAUUACUUUUAGCUUGAAGUUCUUGUAUGGUUAUAUUUAGUAAUAAUUAUUUUAUUUAAGGACAAAAAUGUAUUUAUUUUGAUAUGUUAUUCAUUUUACAGGAACUUCUCGUUUUUGUUUUGCUUACCAUUAAAAAACGAUGCAUAGCAAUUAGAUUUCUCUGAGAGUUUGCUACUAUUCUAACCAUCAUUAUAAUAAUUCAGCUUUGCUAGUUAUAGAAAAUACAUCAGCAAUGGAAACUAUAAACUAAUUUGGUUGUACAAUUUUCAAAUUGUGAUUCUUUUUGUAACCAAAAUAAAUUAUUUAAUGUUUUACUACUCUCCCCUCCCUUUCUCUCUAAUCUCCUUAUUUUCUCUCUAUUUUAUCUAUGCUAUGAUUAAUACUAAGUUAUGAAAAUCUAAGUUUUUCAGUUAUCUGGAAUGAUGCUGCUAUUUUAUUUUAUUAAUUUUUCAAAUUAACUAUUGCUCCAUAAAAUAUUCAUAUUGAUAGCUAUUAUAUGUUACUUUUCAGAAUUUAAGUCCCUUUUUAGUAUCUUAAUAAAUUAGAUGCUGAUUAAAGUUUUUUUUUUUUGGUGGCGGGGGGUGCCUGUACAAGAAAAAUUAGUUCAUUAAA